AUGGGUGUACUGCCAACUACUACAUCCCAGGACCCGGUUGAGUCCUCCAUACUAGUCGGACUGACCAGAAAACCAUGGCGACUAAACGUCACCAGCUCCCAGGACAUUUUAGAUUACCCCUAUCAAGGAAGCGGCACUGCGGAAGACCCGUACAUCGUGGGAUGGCUGCCGGACGACGUCGAAAACCCCAAGAACUACAGUGAGACGCUCCGAUGGAGCGUCACCGCGUUAAUCGCGACCAUGACCCUAGCGGUGGCCCUCGCCUCCUCAGCCUACUCGGGAACCGUCGGGCCAUUAAUCGCAGAAUUCCAGUGCAGCCAGGAAGUUAUCAUCCUCGGGCUAUCCCUCAUGGUCCUCGGAUACGCCAUCGGGCCGUUACUCUGGGCUCCGAUCUCCGAGUCGUUAGGACGCCGUAACAUAUUCUUGCUCUCGUACGCAGGCUAUACAGCCUUCACGGCCGGCUGCUGCGGUUCGCAGAACGUCUGGACUCUGAUUAUCCUCCGAUUCCUCACAGGCGUCUGCGGAUCCAGUUCCCUGUGCAUCCCCGGCGGCCAGAUCGCCGACAUGUUUGCUCCCGAGCUGCGGGGUCUGGGAGUCGGUGUCUUCUGUCUGGCUCCGUUCAUUGGCCCCGCUCUGGGCCCCAUUAUCGGGGGGUUUUUGGGAGAUGCGGGCGGCUGGCGUUGGGUGAUGGGGCUGCUUGCCAUAAUGGGAGCGCUUUUGACCCUGACAGCCUAUCUCUUCAUGCCGGAGACGUACGCCCCAGCUCUGCUGAGAGCCCGCGCCGACAGACUGUCAACAGCCACGUCCAAGGUCUACAAGACCGCCGAAGACGCCGAAAACCCGCUCGUCUUCAAGGAGGUCGUCAAACAUGCGCUGUUCCGCCCAUGGGUUCUUCUCUUCCGCGAGCCCAUCGUUCUCAGCUUGACGCUCUACAUGUCCGCCAUCUACGGAACCCUCUACCUCUGCUUCGCCGCCUUCCCCAUCGUUUUCCAAGAAAACCGCGGCUGGAGCGCCGGAAUCGGCGGCCUCGGUUUCACGGGGGUCUUAGUCGGUCUAUUCGUCGGCAUCUUGAUCAUCUGCUGGGACAACACCCGCUACGUCCGCAUCUAUCGCGCCAACGGUGGCAUCGCCCCGCCCGAGUGCCGUCUUCCUGCGGUGAUUGCCGGCGGAGUCUCCAUCGUGGUCGGACUGGCGUGGUUUGCCGCUACUGAUGCGCCAACCGUUCACUGGGUAGUGCCCAUUAUUGCGGGGGCUCCGUUCGGGGCGGGAUUCGUGCUGGUCUUUAUUUGCUGUGCGAACUAUUUAAUCGACGCCUACACAAUCUUCGCGGCAUCUGUUCUAGCCUCCAACUCAGUAAUGCGGUCUGUCUUUGCUUGUGUCUUCCCCUUAUUCACAACCUACAUGUUCAACGACAUCGGAAUUCACUGGGGCGUAGCAGUUCCCGGAUUCAUCGCCCUCGCGUGUCUGCCUUUCCCGGUCCUGUUUUACUUGUAUGGGGCACGGAUCCGUGCUCGUUGUAAGUAUGCGGCGCUGGCUUUGGAACAUACGCAGAGGGGAACGAAGACGAUGGCAUAUAUACAAUCAAAGCUAGCCCUCUCCCUACCACUCUAA